AUGAGAAGAAACAGAAACACAUCACUGGACACUGUGGUGACAGAUUUCAUUCUCCUGGGCUUGGCUCACCCCCCAAAUCUGAGGACCUUCCUCUUCCUGGUCUUCUUCCUUAUCUACAUCCUCACACAACUGGGGAAUCUGCUCAUUCUGCUCACUGUGUGGGCUGACCCCAAGCUGCAUGCCCACCCCAUGUACAUUCUUCUGGGUGUGCUCUCUUUCCUAGACAUGUGGCUCUCCUCAGUCAUUGUUCCUCGAAUUAUAGUAAACUUCACUCCCGCCAGCAAGGCUAUCCCAUUUGGUGGCUGUGUAGCUCAACUCUAUUUCUUCCACUUCCUAGGCAGCACUCAGUGCUUCCUCUACACACUGAUGGCCUAUGACAGGUACCUGGCAAUAUGCCAGCCUCUGCGCUACCCAGUGCUCAUGAAUGGAAGACUAUGCACAACCUUAGUGGCUGGAGCUUGGGUGGCAGGCUCCAUCCAUGGGUCUAUUCAAGCCACUCUGACCUUCCGAUUGCCCUACUGUGGACCCAACCAAAUAGAUUAUUUCAUCUGUGACAUUCCUGCAGUGUUGAGACUGGCCUGUGCUGACACAACAAUCAAUGAACUUGUGACCUUUGUGGACAUUGGGGUAGUGGCUGCCAGUUGCUUCAUGCUGAUUCUGCUCUCCUAUGCCAACAUAGUCCAUGCCAUCCUGAAGAUACGCACUGCUGAUGGGAGGAGGCGUGCCUUCUCCACCUGUGGCUCCCAUCUCACCGUGGUCACAGUCUACUAUGUCCCCUGCAUUUUCAUCUACCUUCGGGCAGGAUCCAAGAGCCCCUUGGAUGGAGCAGUUGCUGUGUUUUACACUGUUGUCACCCCAUUACUCAAUCCCCUCAUCUACACCCUGAGGAACCAGGAAGUGAAGUCUGCCCUGAAGAGGCUUAGAGCAGGUAGAGGGAGUGUGGAUGGAGAGAAAAAGUAG